AGAAGUCUUUGUUCAAGGUUAUGCGCAUGCUCGUUCGCCUCUGGUUCAUGUGUUUCUUACGCAGGCACAAGUGGUGUAGGUCAUUGUGAUCUAAUAGCACAGCGGGACUGUCACAUUGUUGCCAUGGCGAAACUCUUCGAGUCAGUUGGAAAAUUGGGAUUAGCCUUGGCUAUUGGAGGAGGUGUCGUUAACUCUGCUCUAUAUAAUGUCGAUGCAGGCCACAGGGCAGUCAUCUUUGACCGGUUUCGAGGUGUGCAAGAUAUUGUUGUUGGGGAAGGCACACAUUUCAUUAUACCAUGGGUUCAGAAGCCAAUCAUCUUUGACUGCAGGUCCCGUCCACGCAACGUGCCUGUCAUUACUGGUAGCAAAGACUUGCAGAAUGUAAACAUCACCCUCAGGAUUCUGUUUAGGCCUCUUGCAACGCAGCUGCCACGAAUUUUCACCAGCAUUGGUGAGGACUACGAUGAAAGGGUUCUUCCUUCCAUCACUACUGAAGUGUUGAAGUCUGUAGUGGCCCGUUUUGAUGCAGGUGAGCUUAUUACUCAGAGAGAGCUGGUGUCCAGGCAGGUCAGUGAGGAUCUGACAGAAAGGGCAUCAACCUUCGGCCUCAUCCUUGAUGACGUCUCCUUGACACAUCUAACAUUUGGAAAGGAGUUCACCGAAGCUGUUGAGUUGAAGCAGGUUGCACAGCAGGAGGCUGAGAGAGCCAGGUUUGUUGUAGAAAAGGCUGAACAGCAGAAGCAGGCCGCCAUAAUAUCGGCUGAAGGUGAUUCCCAGGCUGCUCUGUUGAUCGCUAAUUCUCUGGAAGUGGCUGGUAACGGUCUUGUGGAGCUGAGAAAGUUGGAGGCAGCUGAAGACAUCGCCUUCCAGCUCAGCCGCUCUCGUAAUGUUACCUACCUGCCAGCCGGACAGGGAACUCUCCUUCAGUUACCGCAGUAACGGGGGAACUGGACACACACACACACACACACACAUCCCUUCUGUCUCUUUACAGUAAUGUCAGUAGAAUCAAUGCAAUUCUGUAUUCAGACUAUAGGCAAACAAGAAGACAAAAAUACCUUGUUUUUCGCUCUUUUAUUCCAAGCAUUCUCUUUCUCUCAAUUUCUGAGGAUAUUUUACGGACUGCCUCAAGGUGGUUUCAGGAAUAAGAAAGAGGGACACAAGGUUUGAGUGUAUGUGUAUUUACAUAGUAAAAUGUCAAUGUGAAUUGACCUUGUUUGAAAACCAUAAGCAAUUUCAGUUCAAUCAGAGUAUUCUUCAUUUACAGAAAUUGAUCAAAUUUUAAGACCAAUUACAAAGCUACUUUAAACUAUGUUUAUAAGCAGUAACAAAGACUUUGUAUGUUUUUGAUCUCAAUUGCACCUGAAGGACCGGCUGUGUUGCAUUUUGGUUUAAAAGUGUUUUGUUAUUGUUUGUUGCAGAAGAAUUGCCCUUGCUAUCCACAAGUGGCAAAUUAAUUAAGGAAUGAUAAAUAAAUGAUUCAUUUAUAUUAAA